AUGGAUAUUCAUAAUAGGAAUAAAUUAUUGCUUGAUCUUAAAACGAGUUUAUUUCUCCCUCCCUUUAAUGAAGAAUUGUAUUCAACCUGCACCACAGAUCAUCAGAAAUCGAUAAAAGAAAUCUAAGAAAUUUAUAAGUAAUUACAUUCUAUCAAGACUUAGACUUCGUAAUGAUCCCGAAUUAGCCGAUAAAAUUAAACCCAUCAUCCAAUUAAAAAUAAAGGAUGUGGAAAGAACUAAAAGGGUUCAAUUGGCAUAUUUAAUGCAUAGAGUAUUUUGAUAAUUAAAAAUAGAUUAACAAAAUAUAGUCGUAAUACUUUGUGGAUUCUGGUCAAUUGAGUAGUGAUCACAUCGAUCAGCUAUCCAAAAAUGAAAAGGAUUACUAUAAAUUUUUUGACCAAUUAGUCAAAAAGUAUGAAAAUGACAUUGAGACCAAAGUUAGUUAAGUAAAUAUGAAUUGUUUACAAAUAUUAGAAUAUAUUGCCGCCAUCAGAAGUAUUUAUUGAAGUGAGAGUGAUAAAAUAAAUUGGAAAUAUCAUUACACAAGAUGGCGAUGAACUUGAUUUAGAAGAAGGAACACAAUAAUUAGUGAAGAAAUCAGAUGUUAUCAAAUUUCUUUAAGAAGGCUCUCUUGUUUAAAUAUGA